AUGAGAGACGUCAGACUCAUCUGCGUUGACACUGACAAAGCCAGGAGGCUGCCCCAGGAACUGGAGGGGGAAUGGAAGAUGAGGAUCAAGUCGUUCCAUCUCGGUGUGGCUAUACUGGACACCAGGGAUCUCCGAGACGUCAUCCAAAAUCGUUUCAAACUUGAUAACCUAUCAGAUCUCAUUCGAACUUAUCAGUUUGCCGUCCAAGACAGCGUGCCCGGAGUGGAACGUUUCUGUUUCGGUGACACAGAGGCCAUAUCUGUAGAGGACCUGAGGCGCAGAUUCGUUGAGUGGCGGGAAGGAAGAGAUGUGAUUGGCGUUGCAUACUCGGCUCCCGGCGACCUUGCCGUCUUGAAAGAGUUCAAGAUCUCCCUGAACGAAAUUUGCUGGAUCGAUCUGGCCCAAGCACAAUACAUUCCACUUCAAAACGCAACUGCACCAUCGUUGGCAGUUGUGAUGAACAGACUGAGGAUCCGCUACGCAGGCAAGCUGCACGUACCAGGAAACGACGCGCAUUUCGCCAUGAGGGUUUUCCUUGGAAUGGCAGUUUUGGAUUUCUGGUGCGAGUGGUCUCAUUGGGGAAAUGGGCUCAGUGAUAUCCCACCCUGGUACGACCUAGCUAUAAGAGUAGUUCGGGCUAAAAUCCCCAGACCAGAACGACAUGAAUUCACGACUUGA